AUGCAAACCGAAGAUGUCCCUGUGCUGCAGUCAUGGGAUGCUUACGAGGCAUCGCUGCCGGUGAGAGAAGGUACUUACGGAGUGAACAAGCUGUAUUUGCGACCCUUCUUGUGCUGCGAGAGAGAUUUGGAUGUCGCAGUGAGUCGCCUGGAACAGGGCACCGAGGCUAGAGAUCGUGUGGCAUACCUCUCAGCCCCAAGUAUGCGGGGCAAGUCCGCCGCCAUCCUUCCAAUGUUUUGCCGAAGUGUAGAACUGGGCGAGAACAGCGAGAACAGUUUCACCCACUAUUUGUACAUGCCAUUUGCCAACAACGAUGGGAAUUGUCAGAGCCCUGCGCCCAACCGCCAACUGCGCGAUUUGGAGACCGAUGAGCUGGAGCGGGCAGGUGCUGACUUCAUGCUCCACUGCCUCAGGAGUCAGAUGAAUGGAACAUAUCAUGACAUUGAAUGGCGACCGCCCAAUCCACUUCCAAGCUUGAGAAUGGCUGAGGCAAAGUUCAAGGAGGAGGUCCAUAAGUUUUUGCAGGAAAAUCAGAGCAAUCGUCUCCUCUUCCACAUUGAUGAGCACCGCUCGAUGAGCGCAUCUCCCGAGUUCAGGCGAGGAGCAAUGCUGCUUGCUGGCUCAGUCCCAGCGAGAUGUCGGGUGAUUGCCACCUACCUUGAACCACCGGAUUUGCCUGCGCAGGGCUCGUCCACAGUCUGCAGGUUUCCAAUUGCCAUGAUGUUGGUGGACGUUGGGUCCUUGCUGACUUCCAACGCCUCAGAUAUUGCACCAGCCACGGCAGCAGGCUUGCCCAAAAUCAGGCUUCCUGCAGGAGUUUGGAAUGGCAAGGCGCGGCGUUUGCUAGCAACAUUGCGGGUCAAGCUGAGCCUUUUCCUUAUGUCGAGGAACAUCGGUCUUGACCAACUCCACAUUAAGCAGGAUGAUAGGAGCGAGUUGCGCAAUGCCUUUGUGACAGUGCAAGAGGCGCUCGACACAGACACAGAUAUUGAGAGGAAGCUCAUGAAAGCUAUCACAAGCAUCAGCUUCAUUUUGCCACAAAGAAAACAUGUCUCUGGAGCAGUUGACUUGCUGCUGGGCAUCGAAGACUCUGAGGCAGACGACAGAAGGUAUCCCGGACUGGUGUCACUGGACAACCAGAAACUCAGCCUUCCCUUUCAGAUGUUGAUGGUAGUUCGUGAUCGUGAUGUCAACGACGAGACCUUCAAUCUGUUUUGCGAUGGGCAGGAUAUUAUUGUUAGCUCCAUCUUGGGAAACUCUGACUGGUGCGAUGGUCUGGUGAUGGAGCGGGCGUAUGCAUGGGCUCUUGCCUGCAAAGCUGCCAAAGCAGACGGACGCUUUCACUUGAAAGACGCUGGGCAUACUUUCUCUUUCCAGUGCAAAAAGCUACGCGAUGGAAUCAAGCAGCUCAAUGGGAAGGACGCGAGAGUAUUCACAAAGAAGGGAACACCCAGCGUUGACGGCAUCCGCUGCAUUGAGGAUGGUAUCAUGUAUCAUGCACUUUCAGAAGGUGGCAAGGCUGGCACUCACAAAGGCUUCGAUAUUUGGUUCAAGACCAAGGCAGACGAGUUGGUCCGGGGCCCAGUGCUGUUGGAUGUGACCGGAGCCACAAAUGCCGGAACCUGCAAAGUGAAGGCCGAUCAAAUUGCCCAGAACGCAGCUGCGGUGAUGAACAAAGCGCAGAACGCGACAGUGCCUGUGAAAUCAGUCAUUGGUGUUCUCUUAGGUCCAAAUUGCUACAUCGCCAUCGAAGAGCCACCGUCAGCUCAAGUGGUGCAAGGAGAUGCAGCAAGAGACCUACUGGGAGGCUUACAACAACUCUUGACCUGGCUUGGUGAAGAUGUUGACUGA